CUUCUUCUCCUCCUUCUUUUACAACUACACUUCCUCCUGGGAGAGCGCCUGCAGCCAGGUGUGUUGCGAAAAUCAUUGAACUAAUAUUGGUAAAAUUGGAGAUCCAUGGAUGAAAGGUACUUUAUGGUCACAUCUUUAGAUCCUGAAGGGAGGGAUGCAGCACGUUCUCUCAGGAGUCCAAAUGCAGCAACAGAUUUUGCCUCCAAGCAAUGUGCUGCUCUGGUUGGUGAAGACCAGCCUCUCUGUCCGGACCUCCCAGAACUUGACCUCUCCGAACUAGACGUGAAUGACUUGGAUGCCGACAGCUUCCUGGGUGGACUCAAGUGGUACAGUGACCAAUCGGAAAUCAUUUCCAAUCAGUACAGCAAUGAACCUUCAAAUAUAUUUGAGAAGAUAGAUGAAGAGAAUGAGGCAAACUUGCUAGCAGUCCUCACAGAGACACUGGACAGUAUCCCCGUGGACGAGGAUGGAUUGCCUUCAUUUGAUGCACUGACAGAUGGAGAUGUGACCAACGAAAAUGAUUCUAGCCCUUCAUCCAUGCCUGACGGCACCCCUCCGACUCAGGAGGCAGAAGAGCCGUCUCUACUUAAGAAGCUCUUGCUGGCUCCAGCCAAUACUCAGCUAAGUUAUAAUGAAUGCUGUGGUCUCAGCACACAAAACCAUGCAAACCCUAAUCACAGGAUCAGAACAAUCCCUGCAGUGGUUAAGACUGAGAAUUCGUGGAGCAAUAAAGCGAAGAGCAUUUGUCAACAGCAAAAGCCGCAAAGGCGCCCCUGCUCAGAGCUCCUCAAGUAUCUGACCACGAAUGACGACCCGCCUCAGACCAAAGCAGCAGAGAGCAGGAGCAGCAGCCAAGACAAAUGCACCUCCAAAAAGAAGCCCCACUUGCAGCCUCAGACGCAUCAUUUGCAAGCCAAACCAACAAGUUUAUCACUUCCUCUGACCCCCGAGUCACCAAAUGAUGCCAAGGGUUCCCCAUUUGAGAACAAGAAUAUUGAACGAACCUUAAGUGUGGAACUCUCUGGAACUGCAGGCCUAACUCCACCUACAACUCCUCCUCACAAAGUCAACCAAGAUAGUCCUUUUAGGACUUCUCCCAAGCCGAAGUCCUCAUGCAAGACUGUUGUGCCACCGUCCAAAAAGCCCCGUUUCAGUGAGUCUUCCAGGACCCAAGGAAAUAAUCCCAAUAAGAAAAGCCCGGAGCAAUCGGAGCUGUACGCCCAGCUCAGCAAGAACUCCGUACUGUCCAGCGGACAUGAGGAGAGGAAAUCAAAACGACCGAGUUUGCGGCUGUUUGGUGACCACGACUACUGUCAGUCGCUCAAUGCUAAAGCCGAAAUCCGCAUCAACGUACCGCAGGAGCUCCAGGACUCUAGACAACUCGAAUAUAAAGAUUCCUCAUCUGGAUGGCAGUGGCAGAUUUGUACUUCUGCAGAUCAAGACCAGUGCUCCACGAGAGAGACUUCACAGGAGAGCAAGCAGGGAGCCCCACGCAACAACCGCAAGCAGCUUCAAGACCAGGAAAUCCGCGCUGAGCUGAACAAGCACUUUGGUCAUCCCAGCCAGGCUGUUUUUGAUGACGAAGCAGACAAGACCAGUGAACUGAGGGACAGUGAUUUUAGUAAUGAACAAUUCUCCAAACUACCUAUGUUUAUAAAUUCAGGACUAGCUAUGGAUGGUCUGUUUGAUGACAGCGAAGAUGAAAAUGAUAAACUGUGCUACCCUUGGGAUGGGACACAAUUCUAUUCAUUGUUUGAUGUAUCGCCUUCCUGCUCUUCUUUUAACUCUCCAUGUAGAGAUUCAGUGUCUCCACCCAAAUCCUUAUUUUCUCAAAGAUCCCAAAGGAUACUCUCGAGAUCAAGGUCCUUUUCUCGACACAGGUCAUGUUCCCGAUCUCCAUAUUCCCGGUCAAGAUCAAGGUCUCCCAGCAGCAGAUCCUCUUCAAGAUCUUGUUACUACUACGAGCCAAGCCACUGCAGACCCCGAGCUCCGCGGAGAUCUCCUUUACACGCAAGAUCGCGCUCCAGGUCGCCCUUCAGUCGUAGGCCCAGGUAUGACAGCUACGAGGAAUAUCAGCACGAAAGGCUGAAGAGGGAGGAAUAUCGCAAAGAGUACGAAAAACGGGAGUCUGAGAGGGCCAAGCAAAGGGACAGACAAAGGCAGAAGGCAAUUGAAGAACGUCGUGUGAUUUAUGUGGGUAAAAUCAGACCUGACACAACCCGGACAGAACUGAGGGACCGUUUUGAAGUUUUUGGUGAAAUUGAGGAGUGUACCGUAAAUCUGCGGGAUGAUGGAGACAGCUAUGGUUUCAUCACCUACCGCUACACCUGCGAUGCUUUUGCUGCUCUUGAAAACGGAUACACUUUGCGCAGGUCGAAUGAACCUGACUUUGAGCUGUACUUUUGUGGACGCAAGCAAUUUUUCAAGUCUAACUAUGCAGACCUAGAUUCAAACUCAGAUGAUUUUGACCCCGCUUCCACCAAGAGCAAGUAUGACUCCAUGGAUUUUGAUAGUUUACUUAGAGAAGCCCAGCGGAGCCUGCGCAGGUAACAUGAACCGUGGCUGAGGAAAAUGGAGGGAACGUGAACACAUCAGGCCCUUCAGUGACGGACUAAGAAAUCAUACGGAGGAAUUUCUCCUACUUUACACUCUGUACAAAAAAAAAAAGGUUUACAUGAACCCAGCUGCUGAAGAGGGAAGAGGCAAAAUGGAUAUCCAGUAAGCACAUGUUUAUCUGUGGGUGUCAGCUUUGCUUUUCUGGGGUGUUGAUUGUUGGGGGGGAGGGGGAGGGGUAGAGGGGGACCGACAGGGAAUUCUAAAAAUUCAGUAGAGAGAGUGCAAGUGUGCACAACUUGAAAUGGCAGCAGUUUCAUAGAGAUACACUUCAAGCCUUGAGCUUUCAAAUGUGUGCAUCGUAUUUUAAGAGAAAAAAGGCAAAAUAAAAAAUGAAAACACCCUACAGUACAGUAGUUGAGGUCUGGGUAACAGACACUGCAUUCUAAUUUAUAGAAAGUGAAACAAGCUUCCUCUCACACGAUAAUGAUUAUACGACAAUCCUUAAGGAACUUAAGGUCCCACAGAUAGCUUAUCUUUUUUCUUUUUUUGUGUUUUUUUUUUGUGGGAUACGGGAAGGGUAGUAAACAGAGGGAAAUGAAAUGCUCAAACUUUCCUAAAAUGUGAAGUUUCUGUAGUUCAUAUUUCAAUCCUGACACCCAUGUAAAUGUCCAGACUGUUGAUCUUCCAUAGCAAAAUUUCAAACCCUUGUUUAAUGGUCAAAUGUGCAGCUUCUUCGGCAGUUGUUUCUGAUGAGCGGACAUGGUGUUACAUUAUUAAUGAGAGUUGGAGAGUGCUAUCUGGGUGUGUUCAGAUAGUUCAUUGGCUACAUUCUAAAAUGUAGUUAAGUAUUUACAGAUGUUAAAUGGAGUAUUUUUAUUUUAUGUACAUACUGUAUGACAAUGUUCUUUUUUGUUACAGCUAUGCACUGUAAAUGCAGCCUUCUUUUCAAAACUGCUGAAUUUUUCUUAAUCAAGAAUAUUCAAAUGUAAUUAUGAGGUGAAUCAAUUACUGUACACUAACAUAUUUAGAAAGCUGAACUUAUGCUUAUAUAUAUUUGAUUGUAAAAAAGACAGUGUGUGUGUUUGUUGAGUGCAAAAAAAAAAAAUAUCGAUGCUUUAUGCACAUUCAUCCCUUCUUCGGUGAGCUUCGAUCUAAGCAUCUUGUCAAGAAAUAUCCUAGUCCCAAGAGGUAUUAGCCCCUUCUGCAAAAUUUUUCCAUACUUUCCUGUCGCUCGUUUUUCUUUUGCAGUUUUAUACACUGGAUUUGUUAGGGGAAUGAAAUUUUCUCAUCUAAAAUUUUUCUAGGAGAGAUCAUGAUUUUAUGUAACGUCUCAAUGGAUAAUCAUUAAGAAAUGUUUUUAUUUUAUGUAUCAACAGUAGUUUUGGAACUAGAGGUCAAAAAUCUUUUUAAAAUGCUGUUUUGUUUUAAUUUUUGUGAUUUUAAUUUGAUACAAAAUGCUGAGGUAAUAAUUACAGUAUGAUUUUUAUGAUAAUUCUGUGUGUCUGAAGACUAUCUUUGAAGCCAGUAUACCUUUUCAUUGGCAAAGUUUAAUGAUGGUAUUUAUCUAUAUUUUUUACAGUUAUGCAUCCUGUAUAAAUACUGAUAUUUCAUUCCUGUGUUUACUAAAGAGACAUAUUUAUCAGUUGCAAAUAGCCUAUUUAUUAUAAAUUAUGAGAUGACUAAAAUAAUAAAGCCAGUGGAGAUUUUAUACCUAGGAUGCAUGACAAUUGUCUCAAGUGGGAGUUAACUGCUUUUGUUUGGAAAAUUCAGCUUUUGCAGAAGCAGUGUUUCUACUUGCACUAGCAUGGCCUCAGAUAUGACCAUGACAUUGUUCUUGAUGGCAUUGCUUCUGCUAAAUUAAAUAUAAACUUCAGAAAACUAUCAUUCUGAGCAUCAGGAUUUCAUCUGAAUAUGGAGGCCCUGGACUGACUUGGAGACCGUAUUCAAGUUUAUAAAUUGGUAUUCUACUACCGUUUGGCAAUCGCAACAUCUUUUAAAGAUAUGGCACACCUACCCGUCUAAUCUAUUCCCUUCCCCCGACCGUCUUCCCCCAAAAACACCUUCUUGGAAAACUGAUCUCACCCCCAGGCCGAUGCAGAUUUUAAUAGCUGCAUUCAUUUAUCACCAGCAUAUUGUGUUCUGAGAGAUUCCACUGUCUGUCCUGUCGGAUGCUUGCUUGAUUUUUUGGCUUCUUAUUUCGAAGUAGGUAGAAAGCAAUAAAAAAGAACCUCGUUCCCAGGUUCUGCGUUACAACAGUAACAUCUUUCAUCCGCCUAAUUGUUCUGUAGGUUAAAAUGCCGGUAUUUUAACUUUGUGUGAACGCCAAACUAAAGUUUACAGUUUUUCUUUCUGAAUUUUGAGUAUCUUCUGUUGUAAAAUAAAAAGAAUAUUAAAAGCAAUAAAUUAUUUUUAAGAAAUCAAUAUUUAGUAUAUCAUAUUAUGUGCUCAAGGACCAGAUGCAUUACCUAUUUUGCCUUUAAAUUUUUGUGAUCAAAUUUUAAAUACAUUCUAUAUCACCCUGGAUCACUGACAUGAAUAAAACAUUUGUGUGUGGUUUUUUUUUCUUUUUUAUGCAUUAAAAAAAACCCACCAACAACACAGACUUCAUGUCAGGGUUCGAUUUUUUUUUUUCCACUGGCCUGACGAAUAUUCUCACCAUGAAGAUGGCUUUCCUCCAUGGACUUCAAAUUACAUAUGAAAUUAGUGCAAAGAAAGGAUCAUGAUCAUCCGAAUAAAGCUAUUUGUAUCUUACGCAGACUCGGUGGGUAGCCCAUCAAAAUGUAAACUCAGUGUUUCUUUUGGGGAAUUUUUUUCUGAAAGAACAUUUCAAAUUAGCACACAUACCACAUUAUCACUGGAGGAAAAUUGCAGCAUAGAUCUGUAUGUCUUUUAGAUGAACUCUGUGCCAUAGCUUUCAUGCUGUGGUAUCACAUCUGCAAUAUUGGUAACUGAACGAGUGCUUAGAAACGUUGGUCGUUUUAAGAGAUGGAAUGGAGUAAUACCUGCGCGAUGCAAAGUGAUCUGGAAUCCAGACAUAGAGAGACCCUAAAAUUGGAAUUGAAGCAAAAAAAAAAUCAAUCUGAGCAAAGCUACUUAGAACAACAGUUGGGCUAUCGGCAUCUAAAGCAGCGCAGAGGGGGAAGUUCGUGCUCUUGGGUCUCGUGGUUGGGUCAGUUGAAAAAAGGAAACCUUUUCAUCCCUUUAGAUGUAAGCUUACAGUAGGUAAUGAUUAUGUGUCCUUUUUGAUGGCUGUAAUGAGAACUUCAAUCGCUGUAGUAUAAGAUCUGAUCUAUAAAUGACCUAGAAUAGCCAUGUGAUAUAAUGUGAUGAUUCUAAAUUUGUACCUAUGUGACAGACAUUUGCAAUAAUGUGAACCACUGAUUUGAUGGAGCUACUGUAAGAUUUGUAGGUGAAAGUGUAUUACUGUUGGUUGAACUAUGCUGAACAGGGAAAGUGAGCUAUUAGUUAAGCCCUCAGCUGGGCUAGUUUCCACCUGCCAAUUCUACAUGUACUGUUGCGGUUUUAUUCAUUGUAUGAAAAUUCCUGUGAUUUUAUUUUUUAAUGUGCAGUACACAUCAGCCUCACUGAGCUAAUAAAGGGAAACGAAUGUUUCAAAUCCA